ACUGCACGGCAAAGCUCAAAAUUCGGUAUUGAACUCCACAGCAAACUGGAGAACCAAGUCGCAUCUAGCAGUUCCAGCUAUCAGCAAUGACAAGUCGCAGCAGCUUCGCUGGCUCUGAGUACUCAGAGGAGGAGCUGGAGCUAAGUCUGGAGGCUCAGGUACACGAUGACACCAUUGACAGCGACCAAAAAGGUUCCUACACUGACAGCGCAAGUCCAAGCAGCACCAUCAGUGAGGCCGAGGAGGGUCGGCUGAAGAAACGCAGCAGGCCGGUGCGCUCUAAGGCCCGGAGAAUGGCAGCCAAUGUGAGAGAGAGGAAGCGAAUUCUGGAUUACAACCAGGCCUUUAAUGCACUGCGUGUGGCACUCCAUCACGACCUGAGUGGCAAACGCCUUUCCAAGAUAGCCACUCUACAGCGUGCCAUCAACCGCAUUUCAGCAUUAUCUGUGUUUCUAAGCAACAACCCACCCAGCAGAGCCAGCAAAGCCUGUAACCACCAGGAAUGCCACGGACAAUUUGGACACCUGUCCCCGACCCAUACAGAGCCCCAGGGGUACAUGUCCUGGGAGCAACCACUGGCACACCAGAUACAGAUGCACAGACGUCCUUCAGAGCAGCAAACUUACAUGGACCAUUGGAGACACGUGGGUUCCACCUGUCCACUAUCACCACGCUAUUCCUGCUACUCACCCGAAGUCCAGCUGUAUGCAAAUGGUGGAUCCUGUGGCAGUCCUGCCAGUGGCAAUGCCAGUCCUUCACGGUACAGUACCUGCCUGAGUGACGGGUUGGGCUACCAGGCUGGGGUUUGGGGAUCCUGUUCUCAGACCUAUGUGGAUGGGCAAUGUGCGGCAACUCGACCUUUCUCUUGGCACAUGAGCUAUCUCCAGGAGGCAGGCCCUCAACAAUGCUAUCCGACGCUAUGACACCUUUUCUGAAGGAACUGUGAUUAAAUGAGAUGAGGACACUGUGUAGGUGCGAUCUUGACUCCGUAACCUGAUCUGAGGCCAAGACUCUGGACAAUUAUCUGUAUGAUAACAUGUAUAAUAAAUAAAUAUUUCAAAUGUAAUCGGAAACCUCAAAAUCGCACAUUCAAUGAAGAGGUAAAUAAAAGUGUUAUAAAAUUUAUCAAUGCUGAAAAUACUCAGGAAUCACUGAUUGUAUGAAAAGGAAGAUAUUCAUUACUGUUGUAAAUAAUUUGAUGCCUGAUUACAAAUAAAACACAAAAUAACAAAGUGGA